UCCAAUUCCACAUUCAUACACAGCCUGUCUCUCUCUCUCUCUCUCCAUCCAUUAUUAAUUCAUCCGGAAGCAAAAGACUUCAUCUUUCACCCCACCAUUGAUCAUCACCUCCAAAAACCAUGAGCUAUUACAACCAGCAACAACCCCCAGUUGGUGUUCCUCCUCCUCAAGGUUAUCCACCGGAGGGAUAUGCCAAAGACGCUUAUCCUCCUCCGGGAUAUCCCCCGCAGGGGUAUCCCCAGCAGGGAUAUCCUCCGCCGCAGGGAUACCCCCAGCAAUACCCUCCUCCCUAUGCUCCUCAAUACGCUCAGCCUCCCCCUCAACAACAAAACAAUAGCGGUGGAUUUAUGGAAGGCUGUUUGGCUGCUCUGUGCUGUUGCUGCUUGCUGGAUGCCUGCUUCUGAUGGGAGAUUUGGGUCGAAGUGAUUGAAGGCUCAUUCGAUUGUUGUCGUGUAGAGUUUGAUUCGCACCCAGAUUGGGUUGUCAAAUUCAUCUAUCUGUUACAGUGUUUCAUCUACAUUGUCUAGGUCAUGUUUUUCAUUUUUUGCGUAUCAAGUGUUUUCCAUAAAUAAUAUGAAGUUAUGAACUUUGGCUUGGACUUCA